AUGACCAAUACACUGUCCCUCCAUCAUCAGACAGCUCCCCUGCCCCAGGCUGUCCCAGUGUUGCCCCAAUUUCCUUCAACAUCAGCAGUGCCACUUAGAGGUCCUAUGGGGACAUCCAGGAAUGUAUUACACAAUUGCCAGGCUGUUCAGGCUGGGGAGGCACAGCCUGCCCAGCCUCAGGAAUUACCUUCCGCACCAAAGGAGGUCUUUACACUCCCCGGUAUAUUCCAUAUGGAAUAUUUUUAUUCACUAUGGAUUCCAUAUGAUUCCAUAUGGAAUAUGGAUGGAAUGAUGGAUUCCAUGGACCAUUCCAGUAUUUAUAAUGUCCUUACUAUAUUUAGGUAA